CCCAUAUAACAUAUAUUCCUCAAAUCUUCAUCUCUUCUUCUUCUUCUGCCCCGCUUCCAGUAUUCUCACUUUUCUCUCAGAAAAAUGGCUGGAAACUUCGUCCUAAUUCCACAAUAUUUGACGACCGUUUUCAUUGUCAGCAUCUUUCUGGUCGGGUUGUCGGACCAAGGGACAACCUUUUUCCCACCCAAAGACAUUGCAGAUAAGUUUCGUAACGACCCUGAGACCCUGAAACUAGCCUCUACAGAUUAUGGCCAUAUAGUUCAUGAAAUCCCAUCAACAGUCUUUCAUCCAACCUCUGCAAAUGAAAUUGCAACCUUAGUUAAAUCCGCGUUCAACAGUUCUGUCCCCAUUAAAAUAGCCGCAAGAGGUCAUGGCCAUUCCGUACGAGGACAAGCUAUGUCUCGUAACGGUGUUGUGAUAAACAUGACAGCCUUGAAUGAUCUUGAUCAUCUUAGAAAGGCCGGCUCUAGAAUAUCCGUCUCGAGGAGUCCGUCGUUGGGGUUUUACGCUGACGUUGGAGGGGAGCAGCUUUGGAUAGACGUGUUGCAGACCACACUAACACAUGGACUUGCACCGGUUUCGUGGACAGACUACUUGUAUCUAACGGUCGGGGGGACUCUCUCCAAUGCAGGGAUCAGUGGGCAAACGUUUCGUUUCGGACCUCAGAUCAGCAAUGUUCAUGAAAUGGAUGUUAUCACAGGAAAAGGGGAUUUUGUGACAUGCUCCGCUAAGGUGAACUCGGAGCUAUAUUAUGCUGUGCUUGGAGGUUUAGGCCAGUUUGGGAUUAUAACCAGAGCAAGAAUAGCUCUAGAACCAGCUCCAAAAAGGGUUAAGUGGCUACGAAUACUAUACACCAACUUCUCUCAGUUUUCCAAAGACCAAGAACGUUUGAUCUCAUCAAAUAAUGGAAGAUCAACGACCUCGUCACAUAAGAAUUAUGGAUUUGAUUAUGUAGAAGGUUCGCUUCUACUGAAUCAAGGUCCUCCAGAUCUUUCCUUUUAUCCUAAACCUGACCAGCCAAGAAUUUCUUCUUUGGUAACAAAAUAUGGAAUCGUCUUCUGCCUAGAAGUCGCCAAAUACUAUGGUGAUCACACUGCACCAAUUACUGUGGACAAGGAACUGGAAGUUUUGCUCAAGGGAUUAGGGUUUGUUCCUGGAUUUAAGUUCGUGAAAGAUGUAGCAGUCGUAGACUUUCUGAAUAGAGUUGCAAGUGAAGAGCAAGGCCUUAGAUCGAAAGGUCUAUGGGAUAUUCCUCAUCCAUGGUUGAAUAUUUUUAUACCAAAAUCUCGUAUCUUGGAGUUCGAGUCCGCUGUUUUCGGGCAUAUGAUUCUUAAAGAAAACAUUCCAGCAGGACUCGUUCUAAUUUACCCCACGAACCGAAACAAGUGGAAUGAUAAGAUGUCAGCAGUAAUACCGGAGGAGGAUGUUUUCUACGUGGUAAGCAUGUUGCGGUCAAGUGGAAACAAUAACUGGGAGGAAUUUGACGCCCAAAACAAAUUGAUAUUAAAGCUUUGCGUUCGUAUGGGCAUCAAGUUCAAGCUCUAUCUUUCACACUACGAAACACAAGAAGAUUGGAGAAACCAUUUUGGCUUGAAAUGGGCAACUUUUCAAGACAGAAAAGCUCAGUUCGAUCCAAAACAUAUAUUAGCACCAGGACAGAAGAUAUUCAAUUAGAAAGCAAUUAAUUAGCUAUAGGCAGGCAAGAUUGCAUUGAUCAUUCAGGUAGCUAGCUAGCAAGCUGGAUUCUGGUUUAAUCCCGAGCCUGACCGAGGAUGAGAUUAUUUAUUUAGCGAGCAUAUGAAUUUUAGAAUUUGAGAUGGAUCUGUCGACAUUUAUA